CGCACAAUCACAUGUUGCAUUGAGAAUGUCCUGACCGCCUGCUGAUGUAGUAUGAAUUGAAAAUGCUUUUGUUUAAAAUUUGCAGAUCUAACGGUCACGUCAAAGAUAAUCGGAGCUUGAACUAAACACUAACUUCAAAUGUUCACAAGUAGAGAGUUAGCGGUUCUGCCUUGAUACUGACUGACUAUCCUGACUACUGUGGAGCAGGGCUGCUUUAGCAGCCAGUCAAGAUGGACACCGCUGAGGAAGCGGACAUCUGCAGGGUCUGUCGGUCGGAGGGGACCCAGGACAAGCCGCUCUACCACCCCUGUGUCUGCACGGGCAGCAUCAAGUUCAUCCAUCAGGAAUGCUUACUGCAGUGGCUGAAACACAGCAGAAAAGAAUACUGUGAAUUAUGCAAACAUAGAUUUGCAUUUACACCAAUCUACUCUCCAGACAUGCCAUCUCGCUUGCCUGUCCAGGACAUCUUUGCGGGGCUGGUCACCAGUAUUGGAACAGCCAUUAGAUACUGGUUCCACUACACGCUGGUGGCCUUCGCCUGGCUCGGCGUGGUGCCUCUCACAGCAUGUCGUAUCUACAAGUGUUUAUUUACCGGCUCUGUGAGCUCUCUCCUUACCCUGCCAUUAGAUAUGCUUUCAACACAAAACCUGCUUGCAGACUGUCUCCAGGGUUGUUUUGUGGUCACUUGCACGCUGUGCGCCUUCAUCAGCCUGGUGUGGCUCAGAGAGCAGAUUGUCCACGGUGGCGCUCCUCAGUGGUUAGAGCAGAAUCAACCGCCUUUGGUUCCCAACCAGCCCAACGGCCCUGCACCAGCUAAUGACGUUCCAGGUGGUAACGCCGCAGCCAACGGCCAGGCGGCUGCAGACGCCGCAGCAGCCCAGCACCCUGCAGACCCCGCGGCAGACGGCCUGGCUCCUGCCCACCCACACGAAGCUGGCGACCAGGGAGACGAGGCGGAACUUGAUGAUGACGAAGAUGACGACGGGGAGGAAGACGAGGAGGAGGAGGAGGACGAGGAAGGCAGGGAAGAGGAUGCUGCUGAUGCCAAUAAUGGAGGACAAGAAGAUUUGAACUGGAACGCUCUGGAGUGGGACCGUGCAGCAGAGGAACUGACCUGGGAAAGGAUGCUGGGGCUGGAUGGCUCUCUAGUUUUCUUGGAACAUGUCUUCUGGGUGGUGUCUCUCAACACACUCUUCAUCCUCGUCUUUGCUUUCUGUCCGUAUCACAUCGGCCAUUUCUCAGUGGUUGGCCUGGGCUUUGAAGACCAUGUCAAAGCUUCACACUUUGACGGGCUCAUCACCACCAUCCUGGGCUACAUCCUCCUGGCCGGAGCUCUCAUGGUCUGCCACGCGCUGGCUUCAUUAGUGAAGUUCCAGCGGUCCAGACGCCUCCUGGGCGUCUGCUACAUCGUUGUCAAGGUGUCCCUGCUGGUCGUCAUGGAGAUAGGCUUGUUCCCACUGAUUUGUGGUUGGUGGCUCGACAUUUGCUCGCUGGAGAUGUUUGAUGCCACCCUGAAGGACAGGGAGCAGAGCUUUGACUCCGCCCCUGGUACCACCAUGUUCCUCCACUGGCUGGUCGGCAUGGUCUACGUCUUCUACUUUGCCUCUUUCAUCCUUCUGCUCAGAGAGGUGCUCCGGCCAGGUGUGCUCUGGUUCCUGAGGAACCUGAACGAUCCAGACUUCAACCCAGUCCAAGAGAUGAUCCACCUGCCCAUCUACAGACACCUGCGGAGGUUUAUUCUCUCUGUGGUGGUGUUUGGUUCCAUCGUUUUGCUGAUGCUUUGGCUUCCUAUUAGAAUCAUUAAACUGCUCUUCCCAACCUUCCUUCCCUACAACGUCAUGCUCUACAGCGAUGCCCCAGUUAGCGAGCUGUCGUUGGAGCUGCUGUUGCUUCAGGUCGUGCUGCCGGCGUUGUUGGAGCAGGGUCACACUCGGCAGUGGCUCAAACGGCUCGUCCACGCCUGGACAUUCACAGCGGGAUACAUGCUUGACCUUCACUCUUACCUGCUCGGGGACCACGAAGACGACGACAACCAACCAAACAACAAUCCUCCCGGUCGCCAUAACAACAACCGGAUCCCCGGGCUGGGGGAGGGGCUUCACGCCGCCCAUCAGGCUAUCCUGCAGCAGGGCGGUCCGGUGGGUUUCCAGCCGUACCACCGGCCUGUCAACUUUCCCCUCAAGAUCGUUCUGUUGGUCGUCUUCAUGUGUGUGACGCUGCUGCUGGCCAGUCUGAUCUGCCUCACGCUGCCAGUGUUCGUGGGUCGCUGGCUCAUGUCUUUCUGGAUGGGCAGCGCCAUGGUUCACGAGCUGUACACAGCGGCCAGCGGUCUAUACGUCUGCUGGCUGUCCAUCCGAGCCGCCACCGUGCUGCUGUCCUGGAUGCCACAGGGCCGGACUGUCAUCCUGAUCAAAGUCCAGGAGUGGACGCUCAUGAUCCUGAAGACCGUCGUGGUGGCCGUCCUGUUGGCCGGGGUGAUACCUCUGCUGUUGGGUCUGCUGUUUGAGCUGAUCAUCGUCGCUCCUCUCAGAGUCCCACUGGACCAGACACCACUCUUCUAUCCCUGGCAGGACUGGGCGCUCGGCGUGCUCCACGCUAAAAUCAUCGCCGCCAUCACGCUGAUGGGGCCUCAGUGGUGGCUCAAAACCGUCAUCGAGCAGGUGUAUGCCAACGGAAUCCGAAACAUCGACCUCUAUUUCAUCUUGCGAAGGCUGGCUGCUCCAGUCAUCUGCGUCCUGCUGCUGUCUCUCUGUGUGCCCUACACCAUCUCUAAAGGAAUUACACCUCUGCUAGGUGUGCAGCCAGAGAUGCAGACGCUGGUGGAGAGGAGGAUCUAUCCGUUCCUGCUGAUGGUGGUCAUACUGUUGGCCAUUCUGUCCUUCCAGAUACGACAGUUCAAGCGCUUAUACGAACACAUCAAAAAUGACAAAUACUUAGUUGGACAGAGACUUGUGAAUUACGAACGCAAGACGGGCAGGAGCACGUCCACCUCCUCCUACAGCACCUCCUCGUAGACCUGACCCUGGCUGUGGGAUCAGUGGAGCUGACUCACUCUGCGCAGCACUGGGGAGCUAACACCGGCUCCUGUGGUGAAACCUUUUUGUUUCCUCUCUGCUCGGCUGUCAACUUCACACACAAUCUAUAAACAUUUGACUGCACGCUGGUUAUUCUUAUUCACCGACAUCUACUGCAAUCACAGGGUCGGAGACGAGGGCCUCGAGGAGUGAAAACAAAAGAGUCUCGACUCAAUUUCUGAACCAGGUUGUUAUCCAACCUGUAAAAACCUGCCAGUGCGACAGAACAACAACUCUUCUGGCUGGUCGUCCUGUCUAAUGUGUUUUUGUCUUCACCGCAGCUGACAUUUAAAUUGUAAAGGUUUGAGAUGAAGUCGGGUCAGUUGAGCAUAGCUUUUACCUCAGAUUGUGCUUGUGUUGAAUUGAAUAUUGUUUUGGUCACACUGAGCGUCUCUUACGGGACAUUUUCUGAACUGCAGGGGAGAUAUUUGAACUAUAAUGAGGACGCCUUUAGUGGUUCUGUUCCAACGGUAGAUUUGUCUCUAAAGGCGCCCGUCAUCAGAUUGAGGUCGUCAGUGACGAGGAGGGACAUACAUGAUGUAGCAAUGUGAUUGUAUAUUUUUAGAUGUUUUUAUUAGAUGUGUUUUCAUUGAGUCUUUCUUUUUUUUCUUUUUUUACAUUUCUGGAGUGAGCUGUUAGAUAAUCCUUUGAGGAUUUCUUUGAACUUAACAUUUUAGAAAAAGAAGAAGAUAGUGACAUUUUAGACAGGCUUCUGCUUAAGAUGUUCUCCUGUGAAUUGCCAAACAGUCGUGGCGGAGUACUACCCUCCUGAGCUUUCCGUUGGUUACGGACACUUUAAAACACUCAAAUCCACCUUCAGGAGGGGAGUUUAUUCACCUGAAAACAGCCCAUAAAAAAAACUGGAAAAGCGGCGAUUCAGAAAUUCAGAAUGUGCUUGUGUAAAACUCUGAAUAUUUUAUAGAAAUAUUUAUUCUCGAAGAAUUUUUAAAGCCAAUUUUGUGCCAAACUGGUCGUCAGUGGCUUGUAGUGCUGCUAAUCAGCUGUUCAGACUCUUACCUGUCUCUUACCAACUCUAAAUGACAAAACACUGAAUUGAAUCAUUUGAACAAAGUGUCUCAUCUGACUGAAAUGCAGGGUUUCCUCCAGGAAGUGGAUGUGGCUGCUGUUUACGUUUUUGUGUUCAUACAUUCUAAAAAGUUAUUUUUUGUUUGUUUUUUUUGUUAGUUUUUUUGCUGUCGCCUGCAAAGCUCAAUCAGUCAGGUCGUGAUGACAGUGUAACAGUUGCCUACCUAAAUACAUGGCCUUCGUAGUGUGAUCAAACGUAUCCUUCUAAAUUAUCACUGUAUUAGAAUGGGUUGCACCACUCAAACUAAUUCUCGUGAAUUGUUAUGUAAAAAUUAGCAUAACUGCCAUGUGUGAACUGUUGCGUAGCUACAGCUAAUUAAUACUAACUCUGAAACUCAUAUUUUUUUCCUUGUAUGCAGUUUUAAAUGAAACAAAGUCAAAUUAAACAUAGAUUGACCCCAAAACUGUUUUUAGCAGUUGUGCUAAAGCUACGCCACAGUGACUUCCUUCUUACACAGCUGAUUGAAAGUUACUGUUAAGCUGAUUAAAGUGAGUUUUAAAAAAAGAGUGGUAAAAAAUCAAAGUUUUUAGUGCGGGUCAAGCACCCAGAAUACUGGUUCCUACAUUUCCCAUAAUGCAAUGUUUUUAAUUAGAGCCUCCCUGCCUGUUGAACAUAAUUUUUAACUUGUAGUGCAGACUCUGAUUUUUGAGCCUCACUCUGACAUCAUAAGGGUAAUCAUCAUAUAUUCUGCCCCUUUAAAGCAAUAAACAGGCAGCAAGAAAACAAAAAUUAUUUUUAAAAAAACAAAAAAAAGGAAACAAAAUGAGUGCCAACAUGUUGCAUGUGUGAAGUUUUUAAAAUGUAAAAUCACGUGUUGACAGAAAACAUCUACCCCGACACAAACACUCGUCCUCCGCAGUUUAGAUACUUAAAUCUCUUCACAUCAUUUAAAUGACUGAACACCAGCGCAGCUUCGACCCCGUGUGGUUCUGUGUAGUUUAGUGUCAGAAAACUUUCCCCUCUCUGGUCGCAGCAGUUUAGUUUCUCUCCGGCGUGGAUACACCAGUUCACACUCAGACUCCUGUGUGAAUCUGUGUCUGUUCUUGUUACUGAACUGAAACAUUUCCUCACAUUUCAGUCUUCAGUCAGAUCUGACUCUGUUUGUCGUCUGUGAGUUUGUGAGCCAGUGACCCCGCUGUCUGUUCUUCUUCUUCCUCCUCUUCUUCUUCUUCUCCCCCUGUGAAUCAGCACGUUGAUGUGAUUAUAUUAUUGAAUUUCCUGCUCUGCUCUUUAAAGGAGGCUUUUUACGUUUCAAUUAAUUCAACGCCACUCAAAAGGUUACGUUUCACAUAUGAAGAGUAAAUGCUGCACGUGGCGGACAGGAGUUUAGUUAGGUCAGUUGUGGAGACGCGGGGACAUCAAGAGGUGAAACACUCUUGUGAUGUCGGUACUGAUGCUGGCACUGACAAGACUCUGCUUCUGGAUCCAACAGGAUUCUCCUUCUUUGAUCCCUGACUGACUGUCGUGUGGCUCCAUGUGGGAGCUGAGGAGGUAGUUGCACCCUGAGACACUCACUUUCAUCUGGUUUUCUUCUUUCUUUUUUAACUUUUUUUUUGUAAGCAGUGAGUUUGCUAGUUCUGGCUUUUGUAUCUUCAGGUCUUUCUAAGGAUAAGAAGUAGCAGGGUAGCACGAGGAACUCUUAUCGGCCAUGAGUGCGGGUUCCUGUCUCAGCUCACUGUGGUGAUGGAGAGAUGGGAGAUGCAUUGUCCUAUCGUUUGUUUGUGUCGGCUCUUGACCGCCUCCUCUUAUUUCUCUUCUCUCGAAACAUCUCAGACCAGGUUCCCCUCAAAUGUCUUGCAGUUAUGUUGCAGGGAGGAAUUACACAAUCUUCCCCUUACAGACGAAAGGCUGAAUUUAUGAGCAAUAAAACAAACUCCUCCUCGGUUUAAUUAUGUUUGUGGUUUUGCAGCUACAGCUUUAUCUGGUCUGGUAAGACCAGUAGCUAAGAGGCUAAAGUGAGCAAACUUCAGUUUGAUGUUGUUGUGUCACUGACAUUAUUACUAAGACAGGAGACUUGUUCGUUGUUAUGCACUCGGUGUCCCAUUCAUUUAAUUCUCAGUUAGAUUGACUACUCAUGUCUUUAAAGCUGCUGGGAGGUUUUGGAAAUGAAAGGAUAUGUCAUGUGCCAUUAACCUGUAAUUUCCACUUCUGGCCACAGACUUACAGGUUUGAUACUGACUCUGGUGAUUGACCUGAUAUUCUAAGAGUAAACGCCCACCUGAACUGACUCUGUUGCAGCGUCAGUCACAAACGUAUUAACAAAAUAUCCACAAGUUGUAAUUUAAACAUUCAGUAAAUAUGUUGUUUACAAAUCAACAAGCUUUCAGGAUUACAAUAAACAAGAACAGCAAAAAAUGUUCCAAACACAUUUUGUGAAUAUGUUUGUGAUUCGUUUGUUGAGGUUUAGGUGAGAACAUUGCUACCACUGUCAUACCUGUAUGCUGAAUAUUAGACCAGAGCCAGGAGAUGGUUAGCUUAGCUUAGCAUAAAAACUGGAACAGGGGAAACAGCUACCCUGGCUCUGUCCGUAGGUUAAAGUUGUUUUCUGGUUUUAUAUGUACAAAAAAACUAAUUGUAUAAACAUCAGUCUGUAGUUUCACACGGGGUUAUAUACUGGAACUGUUUCUUGGCUGGGUGCAGUGACUCUCCGCUGAUUGUCUGGCAACCUCAAGAUACGACGACGUGUUCUCAUGUAACUCUCGGCAGAGCGGAUCGUACAUAUCGGACAUAUUUCCCAAAAUGCGGUGAUGAUGUAAAAGCCUCCAGGUGUUCGCGCUCGCUACAGAACAAAACCACUACGGUUAAAGUACGUUUGAACCUCUGAAAAAACUAGAAGCUGUUAGAAUAUUUAUGACUGAAACAGGUCCUGUUCUUUAAAAUUGCUUCUUGUUGCCAGUGAAAACUGAAUCACAUUCUGUGAUGGGGAGAUUUUAGAUGUUCUUUUGUUUUUUUUCUUUUUAACAGUCAUAGAGGGAUUAAGGUGUUUUGUUUUUUUUGUCAUUCAAAUGUUUUUAUGUGCUGCACUUUAUUACACAGUUUGCAAUCAUUUCACAAUCCAUUGUAACACAGUCAACAUCGGCGGGUUAGUGUGUUUUUAUUUUCCCCUCACUGAGACUGAGAGAUGUCAAUAUUUCACUGUGGUGACUGCACAAUGGGUUUUACUUACAAGAUGAAUUCAAGUCGAGCAUUUGUUUGUUUUUUUGACACUGCAUUUGUGUUAGAAGUGUUUUUUUGGAGUUUGGUAAAUAUAAACUGCUUUUCUAUUGAUAUGGAUUGUGAAUAACAUUAACUCUAGUGCUGACAGCUGUAGUGCUGCUGUGUGGAAUGCUCACAUCAUAUAUAUAUAUAUAUAUUGAUAUAUAUAUAUAUAUAUAUUGAUAUAUGAUAUAUGAUGCUAUGAAGUGACCUUUUAGUAUCUUCUUGAACUCAGCUGGACACUUCCAAUUUUGGUCUUGAAUUUCAAUUUCUAGAAGCAAAUGAUUUAUAUUUUUAUAUGUGCAAAAAGCAGUGGCAUGUACUGUAACAUAAAGUUAUACUUUAAGGUCUAUUAAUUGUUGGUUCAGUAAUAUGAAACAAUAAUAAAUCGUUGAAAUGAA